GAGGGCCAGCUUUGAAUAGGAAGUGAAAUGAAGAAGUUGCUUCUAGAAGUCAUCCUAAUUUUAGCAUCUUUCCUGUUAAUAUGUCUGCUUGUGCUCUAGAUGCCUGAUGAGUCUAUAAGAAAAAGGAACUUCAAGAUGUCAUUAUAAUCCCAUGUCAGACACUCAUGCCAAUCUUCUUCCAUGCCUGGAUUACCAAAUUUACAAAUUGGACCUCAUAGCCCAGAUCACAGCCAAGGGGUGCUACUAAAGAUUUCUGAGGAGAAAUGUAACAUGGUUUGUUCAGCAACGCGAGUAGGACAACAAUUCAAUGACUUAUUCUGAAAAGCACUAAGAAGAAUGCAAACAGCAAAAUACAGGGGAAAAAAAACCAUACUUCUUCUUUGUCAUCCACUUCAAGUGAUCUAACCAGUGUCCUAUCAUGACCACCUUCAACUUUACCCGUGUGAGGCCUUCCUUCUUCAUCCUAAAGGGCAUUCCUGGAUUGGAGGAUACCCACAUCUGGAUAUCAAUACCAUUCUCUUCCAUGUAUUUCAUCACUGUCCUGGGUAACUGCACUAUCCUCUUCAUCAUCACCACACAGCGUGCACUGCACAAGCCCAUGUUCUUGCUCCUUUGCAUGCUGGCCCUCACUGACCUGGGCAUGUCCACUACCACCAUUCCCAAAGCACUGUGUAUUUUCUGGUUUGGUCAAAGGGAGAUCAGCUUCGAAGGCUGUCUGACCCAGAUGUUCUUCAUUCACUCCAUCUCAGUCAUGCAGUCAGCUGUUUUGAUGACCAUGGCUUUUGAUCGUUAUGUGGCAAUCUGUGAGCCACUGCGCUAUGCCACCAUCCUCUCCAAUGGCCGCAUAGGUCUCAUUGGGUUGGUCAGUUUAGUGAGAGCCAUCAUUUUUAUCCUUCCCAUGCCUGUCCUCCUCCAGCAAAUGCCAUUUUGUAUAAGCCAGGUGAUCCCCACCACCUAUUGUGAACACAUGGCUGUGGUGAAAAUGGUGUGUACAGACACUACUGUCAACCGUAUGUAUGGCCUGGUGAUCGCCUUGGUGGUCAUUGGUCUGGACUUCGCUGCCAUUGGCUCAUCCUAUGCGUUCAUCAUCCGUGCAGUGAUGCGACUCUCCUCCAAGGACGCUCACCAUAAGGCAGUCAACACCUGCACCACACACAUCUGUGUGAUGCUCACAUCUUACACACCUCCACUUUUCUCCUUCCUUGCCCAUCGGUUUGGUCAGGGCAUCCCACCCCAUAUUCACAUCAUUCUUGGUAACCUUUACUUUCUCGUGCCUCCCAUGCUCAACCCCAUCAUUUAUGGAGUGAAGACUAAGGAGUUUCGGGACAAAGUAAUCAAAUAUUGUUGCUGGAAAAAGGAGCCCAUCACCAUAGCCCCUGAUCAUAAACCUGUCUAAUGAUUGGGAGGGCAUGAAUGGAGAGCAAGGAAAGACUGCCAGGUGAAGGAAGUUUCCUUUGAGAAUUGGCUGCUAGGGAAUGAUGUGAGGUAUGAAGGCUAUAUGUCCAUGCCAACUCUUGAUGUGCUAGUCACCAGGUCCUAUGGUCUGCUCCCUGUUACUAGAGAGGCAGAUUCAGAGAUCAGUCUGCUCCCUGAGGAGCAUUCAGUUUUAGAUUUGGGAGACAUGGUAUUAAGAUAUCAUCAAGGACAUUAAUGAGUAAAAAGCAAAAUGUGCCGGUCAUGUAUCAAGAAUGAGAGCAAAUAGGUGGGCAUCCCAAGAAUGUUAACACUGUCUUUCAGGUAUUAAAAAAAAAGUAAAGAGGACCUCAAUAGUUCAGUGGAUCUUCCCUGGAGGAUUUAUGUAAUAACUUGAAGGAGAAUCACAGAGUCAUGGAAAGGUGCAAUCUAUACUAGAGAAGUACUGACAAUGAUGAGAUCGUAUCUUUUUUUAAAAAUGAAAUUUUAUUGAUACUUUUGUUUUUUAACCACCUAAAUUUUCUACUGUAAGCCUCCACUCCCCCAUCCCAGAGGGUCAGCUCUUAUAACACAGAAUAUUUUUUUAAAGAAAAAUAAAUCAGCAAAUCCAGAGACCAUGUCUUAAUAUUUAAGUUGUAUAGAGGACAGAAGGUUAGGCAUAGAGUCAAGAUAACUGGGUUCAACAGUUUUCAAAAGAAGAAACUGUUAACAAUCAUAUGAAUAAUGCUCUAAAUAAUUUAUAAUAUAAAUUCAAAUUAAAACAGUUCUCAAGUUUUGUCUUAUACCUAUCAAAUUUGCAAAUAUUUAAAAGAUAGAAAUAGUAAAUUUAGGAGGGACUAUGGCAGACAGGCACAUUAAUAUAUUGUUAGCAGAUCAUUAAAUUGUCACAAUUAUUCUGGGAGACAAUUUGAAUUUUUAAAAAGUUUACUUAAAUAUUUAUAUGUUUUCCUCCAGUGAUUCUACUACUGAUUAUAUACUAAAAAAAAGGGUGAAGAUGGGGGGUGGGGGGAAGGUCCCAUAUAUACACCAAAAUAUUUAUAGAAACCUUCUUUGUGGUGGCAACUGUGGUAGCAGUUGGGAAAUAGUGGAACUCUAUAAAUGUGAGCAAUUCAGAGAAACAUGGCAAAUCUUAAUGAAGUGAUACAGAGUGAAGAAGGAAGAAUGUAACACAAAGACUUCCAUAAUGUAAACAAAAUAACACCUAAAUAUCGAUGAACUCAGAUUAACAAUAAUGACCAAGCUUGGUCCUGGGGUGCAGAUGGUGAGACACGGUUCUCUUUUUUGGAAAGUGAUGGAAUAUAAUGAAUAUAGAAUAUUAUAUAUGCUGACAGACAUGGUUGUUUUCUCAGUCAGUUUUUCUUCUCUGUUUUUCUUUGACAGAAGGGAUGGUUCAGUGGUUUGGGGAUUUAUAUUAAGAAAUUGCUGCGAUCUAAAAAAUAAAAAUCAUCAAUAAGACUUUUUAAAAAGAUAAUUGGGUUCAAUUUCUAGUUCCAAACCAAUUAAUUUUGUGAGCUCACGUAAGUUAUUUAAUAUCUCUUUCCCUGACUAUCAAAUGGAGGUGAUGAUACCUACAGUGGUAACAGUCUCCAAACUCAAAUUGUAUAAUCUUAAUGAAAAGAUCAUUUUCUCCCCAGAUUGCAUCUGGGCUUAGAGACUUUGGGUUCCAACAAGUAGGAAGUUCUAGAGAAUGUGACAGGAUGGGAGAGUAUAAGAAUAAACAGUAACUAAAAUAUUUCUAAGCCACUAGAGGGAACCAAUGUAACCCCAACUCCCCAGGGAACUCUCAUUCUUUUCUUCCCUAAUUCUUCUAGCCUCCCCAAUAAAGCUGCCCUCCCCUAGUUGCCCUGAUCAUCUCUCCACACAUCCUCACCCCUAUCUUCCAGCUUCCUCCUAAUCAUACACCGCUAUUUGUCCCUACCCCUUAAAGCUCAAAAAUAGUAGGAUUUUGCAGAUAGAGCACUGGCCCUAAAAAUAACUUUAAUGGAUAAAUUCAGGGAUUAUAGACCCAUUAUUAGUUUGACAAAUACCUCUCUGGAGCUGAACUGCCAAGCAUUCGAAGUCUACUUUGGAGACAUAACUCCGACAGACUAACCUUACCAAACACAAGCUUACCUAAAAAGACCGUGUUACAAAGAACUCACACAAGUCGGGCACUCACAAGAAGGUCAGAAGAAGCAGUACAAGGACCUUCUUAAGGUCUCUCUGUAGAACUCUGGUGUUAGUUAUGAGACAUGGGAGAUGCUGACACAGGACAGCCCAGCAUGUUGUGCUCACAUUAAAGAAAGCGCUGUCCUAUAUGAGCAAAGCAGAAUUGCAGUAAGACAAAGGAAAUGAGAGAUGCACAAAUCUAGAGACAGCUCUAUCCCAAAUGCUCAAAGGAUUAUUUGCACCCAACCUGUACUAGAGCCUUCCCAGCUCAUAUUAGACUGAUCAGCCACAGUCCAACACAUUGUACCCUGACCCCAACAUUGUAAUGUCAUUGGUCCUCUUCAGGUAUGAAGGACUAGCAACAACAAUUGUUACAAGCAGUUGUGGAGAGAGCUCAUUGAUUAAGCAGAGGCAGAAUGUUCCAUAGAAUGAUCUCUGUUAAAUGAGAGGACUGAGGCCGUUGGAGCACUUGAGCUUGGGAGUUCUGAAGUGCAGUAGGCCAAGCCGAUUGUAUAUCCACAUUAAGUCUGGCACCAAUAUGGUGAGCCUAGGGACAGCGGAUGGGUCACCAGGCUGCCUAAGAUUGGUGGCCCAGGUUGGAAGUGAAGCGGGUCAAGGCUGCCUUGCCAAUUAGAAGUGAAAUCAAGUCAUCAGUGGUCUCUGUACUUUCAACCUGGGAGAAAUAGGGAGACCCAAUCUCAAAAAAAAAAAAAGCAAAAAAGAAAAGAGAAAUAAGAGAGACAGAGAGAGAGAGAGAGAGAGAGAGAUACUAAGUGUAUCCUUAUAUCCCUAUCACUUAGUACGGUGCCUGACACAUAGCACUUAAUAAAUGCUUGUUAAUUGACUUCAUAUUGUCUAUGUCUGAAAAUACACCUUAAAUCUGUCACCUUU